AUGCUCUUUCAAGUAGCAGCAUCAAUUCUGAUGAUUAUUCCACUUGAAAUCUAUCACGGCUAUGAUAAAGGUGAACCAAGUCUAAUUUCGAUUAGAGAUGCUCUUCAAAUGAAAGAUUUGGCCAUUAUCCUUUUCUACAUAUCACGUUUUCUUUCUGGUUGGGCUUCAGGAAUGAGCUGUGUAGCAACAACAAUCUAUCUAAUUGAAAUUAGCCCUCGAAUGAUGCGUGGCAAAGUAGUGACAUAUCAUCAAUUGUUCAUCGUUAUUGGCAUUCUUGUAGGACAGAUCGUCAGUUUUCCUUGGCUACUUGGUCAACACAAUAAAUGGCAUUGGGGUAUGGCAUGGGUUGGUAUAUUUCCAUUGGUUGGAUGUUUUCUGAUUUGGAAGUUACCUGAAAGUCCACGAUGGUUUGUGCAAGAGCAGAUGCGAGCUGAAGCUCUGCAAUCCUUACAAAUUCUUCGUAAGACUAAUGAAGUUCAUGCCGAGCUCACCGAAAUUGAACGAGAAGAAGCGACAGUAAAUAUGGCAGAUCUUUCAUUGUUUCGAUUAUUUACUUCCUCUCGAUUUCGUUGGCCACUAUUAACCAGUGUGAUUCUCAGCGCUGCUGCACAAUUUUCGGGGAUCAAUUCGGUACGUAUUGCGAAAGAUGAAAACUAA